CUUGUUUCUGUGCUCUUGUGCAGACGUUCACUGCGUGGUGCAACUCCCACCUGAGGAAGGCCGGCACUCAAAUCGAGAACAUCGAGGAGGACUUCAGAGAUGGGCUCAAACUCAUGCUGCUGCUGGAGGUUAUCUCAGGCGAGCGGUUACCCAAACCGGAGCGAGGCAAGAUGAGGGUCCACAAGAUCAACAACGUGAACAAAGCCUUGGAUUUUAUCGCCAGCAAGGGAGUGAAGCUGGUGUCUAUCGGAGCGGAGGAAAUUGUGGAUGGAAACGCCAAGAUGACCCUGGGGAUGAUCUGGACCAUCAUCCUGCGCUUCGCCAUCCAGGACAUCUCUGUUGAAGAAACUUCAGCGAAGGAAGGUCUUCUUCUGUGGUGCCAGAGGAAGACGGCGCCUUACAAGAACGUCAACGUGCAGAACUUCCACAUCAGCUGGAAGGACGGUCUGGCCUUCAACGCUCUGAUCCACAGACACAGACCUGAUCUCAUCGACUACGACAGCCUCAGAAAGGACGACCCCAUAACCAAUCUGAACAAUGCCUUCGAGGUGGCCGAGAAGCACCUUGACAUCCCCAAGAUGUUGGACGCCGAAGACAUCGUGGGUACUCUGAGGCCGGAUGAGAAGGCCAUCAUGACCUACGUGUCCUGCUUCUAUCACGCCUUCUCUGGAGCCCAGAAGGCCGAGACGGCAGCCAAUCGUAUCUGCAAAGUUCUGGCCGUCAACCAGGAGAAUGAACAGAUGAUGGAGGACUACGAGAAGCUGGCGAGUGACCUGCUGGAGUGGAUCCGUCGGACGAUCCCCUGGCUGGAGAACCGAACCCAGGAGAAGACUGUAAACGACAUGCAGGCCAAGCAGGAGGACUUCAGAGACUACCGCCGAGUCCACAAACCACCCAAGGUCCAGGAGAAAUGUCAGCUAGAGAUCAGCUUCAACACUCUGCAGACGAAGCUGAGGCUCAGCAACAGACCGGCCUUCAUGCCGUCAGAAGGACGCAUGGUGUCUGACAUCAACACGGCGUGGCACAAUCUGGAAGGAGCGGAGAAGGGCUACGAGGAGUGGAUCCUCAGCGAGAUCAGACGUCUGGAGAGACUGGAGCACCUGGCUGAGAAGUUCCACCAGAAGGCCGCCAUCCACGAGUCCUGGACCGACGGUAAAGAGGCCAUGCUGACCCAGAAAGACUACGAGACCUCCACCUUGUCAGAAGUGAAGGCUUUGCUACGGAAACACGAGGCGUUCGAGAGCGACCUUGCAGCCCACCAGGACCGCGUGGAGCAGAUCGCCGCCAUCGCUCAGGAACUCAAUGAACUGGACUACUAUGACGCCGCCAGCGUCAACGCUCGCUGCUCCAAGAUCUGUGAUCAGUGGGACAACCUGGGAGCCCUCACCCACAGCCGCAAGGACUCACUGGAGAGGACAGAGAAGCAGCUGGAGUCGAUAGAUGAACUCUACCUGGAGUACGCCAAGAGGGCGGCGCCGUUCAACAACUGGAUGGAGGGCGCCAUGGAGGACCUGCAGGACAUGUUCAUCGUCCACAAUAUUGACGAAAUCCAGGGUCUGAUCACGGCCCACGAGCAGUUCAAAGAAACUCUACCAGAGGCCAACAAGGAGCGCGAGGCCAUCCAGUCCAUCCAAGCCGAGGUGCAGAAGAUUGCUCAGAGUAACGGCAUCAAGCUGAGCGGAGGGAACCCUUACACCUCCAUCACCCCCCAGAGCAUUGACAACAAAUGGGAGAAGGCGAUGGCCAUGGUGCCACAGCGAGACAAAGCCCUGCAGGAGGAGCUGAACAAACAGAACUCCAACGACACCCUGAGAGCCACGUUCGCCACUCAGGCCAACGCCGUCGGUGCCUACAUACAGGCCAAGAUGGAGGAAAUUGGCAGGAUAUCCAUCGAGAUGAACGGCACUCUGGAGGACCAGCUGACCCACCUGAGGGAGUACCAGCAGAACAUCAUGUCCUACAUGCCUGAAAUCAACAAGCUGGAGGCGGACCAUCAGCACAUCCAGGAGGCCCUCAUCUUCGACAACAAGUACACGUCUUACACGAUGGAGCACCUCCGUGUGGGCUGGGAGCAGCUGCUGACCACCAUCGCCAGGACCAUCAACGAGGUGGAGAACCAGAUCCUGACGCGUGACGCCAAAGGCAUCAGCCAGGAGCAGCUCUACGAGUACCGCGCCUCCUUCAACCACUUCGACAAGAACCACAGCGGCGCCCUGAACAACGAGGAGUUCAAGGCCUGUCUGAUCAGUCUGGGCUACGAUGUGGAGAACGACAAGCAGAAGCGGUCGGGACAGAUGGUUUCGGAUGAUUUCCGGGCUCUGCUCAUUUCGACAGGAAACAGCCUGGGCGACAGCGAGUUUAACCGCAUCAUGGGCCUCGUGGACCCUAACUCCACCGGCUCCGUCACCUUCCAGGCCUUCAUCGACUUCAUGUCCAGGGAAACGACCGACACGGACACGGCCGAUCAGGUCAUCGCCUCCUUCAAGAUCCUGGCUGGAGAUAAGAACUACAUCACAGCAGACGAGCUGCGGCGGGAGCUGCCCCCCGACCAGGCCGAGUACUGCAUCGCCCGCAUGGCGCCCUACUCUGGACCCGACGCUGUCCCCGGAGCCCUGGACUACAUGUCCUUCUCCACCGCCCUGUACGGAGAGAGCGACCUGUAGAGGAGGAGGAGGUGCAGAGAGUCAAGCAUUGUGUUGUUAGGUGCCCCUGAAUGUGCCCGUUUAAAAACAUUGAGGAUAUUUUUACAACCUGCAGCGAGUUGAUUCUGUUGCUCCGUU